AUGGCCACCCACAAGAUGAACUUUUUCGAAAAAAUGGCGAAUAUGCUAGGCCAUUUAUACCGUCAUCAGGCCGCCCAAUUCCCUCGUCGUUGGGAAAUCCUCACAAGCGCUGUUGGUAAACAUGAGCUUGCACCACCGAAAACCUCAGAUUGGCCAGCUAUGUCAAGCCGACGGGAAGAGGUUUACACAGUUCAUUCAACAAAACGUACAAGCAAACUAACUGUU